UGGGCAGGGGCUCCGCAUCCCUAGGACCCCGCACAUGGAUGCGCACGUCGCUUUCUCGGGCUUCCCGGCCCUGCCGUCGGUCUCGCCGUCCGGGCCGCAGCCGCCGCCGCUGGCGGGAGCCGAGCCGGGACACGAACCGGAGGAGGUAGUGGGCGGUGGGGACGCCGAGCCCACGGCCGCGCCCGGCCCGGGGAGGCGACGCCGGCGGCCGCUACAGCGUGGGAAGCCUCCCUACUCGUACAUCGCGCUCAUCGCCAUGGCCCUGGCGCACGCUCCCGGCCGUCGUCUCACGCUGGCAGCCAUCUACCGCUUCAUUACCGAGCGCUUCGCCUUCUACCGCGACAGCCCGCGCAAGUGGCAAAACAGCAUCCGCCACAACCUCACCCUCAACGACUGCUUCGUCAAGGUGCCGCGCGAGCCGGGCAAUCCGGGCAAGGGCAACUACUGGACGCUGGAUCCCGCGGCCGCCGACAUGUUCGACAACGGCAGUUUCCUGCGGCGCCGCAAGCGCUUCAAGCGCGCCGAGCUGCCCGCGCCGCCGCCGCCGCCCUUCCCCUACGCGCCCUUCCCGUCUGCGCCCGCACCCGCACCCGCGCCCGCACCGCCCGCGCGCCUCUUCCGCUUGGACAGCCUACUGGGCUUGCAGCCCGAGCAGCCGGGACCCGUGGCGCCCGAGCCGCCCUGCUGCGCCGCGCCCGACGCCUCCUUCCCGCCCUGCGCCGCCGCAGCCUCCCCGCCGCUUUACUCGCCGGCGCCCGAGCGCCUGGGGCUGCCCGCGCCGCUGCCCGCCGAGCCUCUCCUGGCCUUGGCGGGAUCGGCUGGUGCGCUCGGGCCCCUCGGCACCGGGGAAGCCUACCUGAGACAGCCGGGCUUUGCGCCGGGGCUGGAGCGCUACCUGUGAGCCGCUCUUCGCUGCAGGAGCGCCUGACGGUCGGCGCUGGAUCAGUGCGAGCUUGUCCGCGGUGCCCGCCCGCCCGCAGCGUGGUGCAAUCCGCUGGGUCCCUGAUCCUUGCAUGGGGCUAAACCUUCCCUGCCCUCCUCCAUCCCUGGGGAGACUCUGACCAUCUUAACACCAGACUGAAGCGCCCUCUCCAAUUUGAGGCCUUCAUUCCUCCCUGUACUUGUGCGCCCCACCUCACACUGUCCGGUGCGCUGGAACUGGACGAUCAAAGUGGGGACUCCAGCCCCAAAUGUCCUGGUGAGUUCCAGUCUGUGGAAGCUUCGUCCCAAGGCACCUCCUCCAUCUCUGAUGUUUUGCCAACACGUCAGAGGUCGGACUCCUGGGUUCAUUACUUCUACCCCAUCUUCCUCCAUUUACCGAUAAGUUUGACAAAUUUGUCCCCUGCCCCAGCUUUACUUGUCCUCGCUUGUUUUCUUACCGAGCCCCGCCCCUACACAGAUUCACUUGACGCUCUGCUCUAGGUCCUGAGGACAGGUCUUCAGACCUUUCUAGGUUACAUAGCACCAGGAUCUCCUGACUGAGUCGGGGAUUAAUGGGCAUCUGUGGCUGUCCCACCCCAUGGAAAGCACAGAACUUACCUGGUUACUGUUAUUUUUCAAUCAAAGUUAGUUUAAUUAAAAAAAAAA